AUGGAUAGUUUGAUACAUAUACAACAGCGAAAGGGUUACUCGACAUGUCUGGACGGCUGGAUACCCUUUAAUGGAUCCUGCUAUUUGUUUGCACACCACCAUAUGCAGCUAACUUUCACAGGGGCUGAGCAAUAUUGUCGCCAGCACAACAAUGCACAUCUAGUUCAUGUCAACAAUGCCCUGGAGAAUGCGUUUAUCAAAGACCAGCUCAGAGAAAAACAAACAACGAGCUGGUGGAUGGGUCUCACUGACGAAGAUAUCGAGGGAGUUUGGAAAUGGUUUGAUACAGACACGGUCGCCUCAUUCACAGGUGAACAUUUGACACCAACCGUGAUUAUAAAUACAAACUAG